GCAAUGUCCAGAAACACCAGCCGGUGCUUUUUCCAGACGCUCAAACACUUGGAAGAAAGGAGGGAAGACGCCACCGCAGGAACUUCUGUAGUGUCUGCUUCUUUUAGAGGCGGUGGCCAGUUGAGCCAGCCAACAGAUUUGCCCAGGUUUUGCCGCAUGCAGCCAAGCACAGGAGGAUCCGGAAGAAGCGCACUCUGACACAGUCUAUGUCGUGAAAGGUGGUUGACACUUCCUGAAAGUAGGAAGAUUCGUUUGGAUUCAGGGGUUUGCAAUUGCCUGAAAGUGCAUAGCAGUUGAACAAUUGUUUUGCGCAACUAAGCAAACUGGCGUGCCGCUUCAGCCGGCGCCACCGAAAAGACCGUCGCAAUUAUUUCCUUUGCACGUGAAUUUACAGCUUCUAUCGACAAGAGAAAGCAACCUGCUUUUCCAAAGACAACAAUCUCCAUUGAGACUAAACCGGCCAACAUCUAGCUCAUCGAUCCAGUAGCCGCCAACAUGACGACCUCAGUGUCCGGGUUUCUGACCAAUCUGAUCACGAACAUCGUGAUUUUCGUGUUGCUCUUGGUCGUUUUUCUCAUUCUCUCAAGGAAGGCAAGCCUGGCUGUCAUCUACUACAGCAGGCGCAUACUCAGCGGGGUUGGCCCACCUGAACCUAAAUCCAGAGGAACCUUCCAAUGGCUGACUGAUGCAUUUCGUAUGAGCGACACAGAGCUUGCAGAAAGAGCAGGCCUGGACGCACUAGCUUAUAUCACGCUCUUCAAAACAGGUCUGAAGAUUUUUGGAGCAUCCCUCUUGUAUUGCAUCAUCAUUGAGCUGCCAGUCAAUGUCACCGGAAAUUAUUACACUGACUACAACAAGCAGCCCGGCGUCUUGGGGGACCCAAAUAGGGAGCUGCAGUUCACAAACUUUGACAAGAUGAGCAUGGGAAACGUAAAAAAGGGCUCCUCGCGCCUCUGGACGCACGUGAUCGCCGCCUACUGGGUGGCUUUCGUCUGUUACUACAUUCUGUACACCAGCUACAAGAACAUGUCCCACAUGCGGGCCCAGUUCCUGAGCUCUUUCGGUGCCAGGGCGACCGUGCGGCAAUAUGCGGUGCUAGUGACGGACAUCCCUGCGAGUGAAAAAGCGGAUCGCCACUCCCAGGUCGAUAGCUUCUUCCAUAAGCUGCACCCAGGGACGUUUGAGCGGGCGCAGGUCAUUACGAAGCUGACCAAGGUUGACAAGAAGUACAAGGAGAAGGAGAAGGUGCGCCGGAAGUUGGCCCACGCAGAAGCCGCAUACGCAGAGGCGCAGAAAAAGAACACAGAGAAGGCCAAGAGGCCGCAGCACAAGACCGGGUUCCUUGGCCUCGUUGGAGAGAAGGUCGACACGAUUGAUUGGUGUCAGAAGCGGCUGGCGGAACUCGGCCCGGAGCUGGCGGAAGAGCGGCGAAAGACGGUCGCCGAGAGGACCAUUGACGCGGCGCUCGUCUUCUUCAAUUCGCGCGCAAUUGCGACGAUGUCAGCGCAGUCAGCGCACGCCCGCAAGGCCGAGUCGUGGCAGACGCAGUUCGCGCCGGAGCCGCGUGACGUCAUCUGGGCCAAUCUGGGCGUCAGCUGGUGGGAGAAGUUCGCGCGGCAGAGCCUGGUCUACGGCGCCACGUUCCUCAUCAUCUUCUUCUACCUGAUCCCCAUCACCAUCGUCUCCGGCUUCAGCACGCUGGACAACCUGAAGAAGUUCGCGUCCUUCCUCAACCCAGUCUUUGACAUCGGCCCGGUGAAGGCCAUCCUGCAGGCGUUCCUGCCGCAGUUGGCCCUGCUCGUCUUCUUGGCAAUCCUGCCGAAGCUGCUCCUCUUCCUCACCAAGCGCGAGGGCGUGACGUCACUGUCGCACGCCGACCGCGGGUGCGCCGGCAAGUACUACUACUUCAUGGUGUUCAACGUCUUCCUGGGAGUCACGGUCGCGGGCUCCGCUUUUGGGCAGCUCAAGCAGAUGACCGAGAACCCAACCGGGAUCGUGGACCUCCUGGGGUCAUCCAUUCCCCAGCAGGCUACCUUCUUCAUAACUUACAUCGCGCUCAGCGGGUUUGUGGGCUACGGCCUGGCGCUCUCCCAGCUGAUUCGGGUGGUUAUCUACCUGGUUAAGCUCAAGUUCCUGGUUAAGACCGAGGAAGAAAAGCGGGACUCGUGGGCGCCCGGGAGCUUCAGCUACGGGUCAACCGUGCCCAAGGACCUGCUCAUCGUGCUGCUCGGAUUGUGCUACGCGGUCAUCGCUCCGAUCAUCAUCCCCUUCUGCAUCGUCUACUUGGGUCUCGGGUACAUCAUCAACAAGAACCUGGCGCUGGAAGUGAAGGUCCCCGAGUACGAGUCCGGCGGCCGCAUGUAUCCCCACAUCCACAAGCGCUUCGUGGCGUCCCUGUUCAUUGCGCAACUGACGCUGCUGGGCUUCAUGGGCAUCAUGAAGUUCACAGCCACGCCGGUUAUGAUCCCGUUACCGAUCCUAACCGUGGUGUUCCACCUGUUCACUAAGAAGUGCCUCGAGCCGCGGUUCACGUCGACGGCAAUCGAAGUCGCGAUCCAGGAGGUGAGUGAGGAGCCCAGUAUUCAGGAGGUCAUGGCCGCUUACACGCCGGAGUGCAUGGCGGGUGAAAACGAGGACGUCGAGUCUUCCUUCUCUCCAGCGAAGGCGUCAUCCAGGGAGCAUGAGACGGCGUUGCUGAACGGUGGCAACAGAAAGGUUGUCUAGGUGCAUCAAGCAUACGCGUUGAGUACUGAAACGGAUUCGUGCACGAGGGGUAGAUCUUUUUUCAUGAUCGGUAGCGCACGCUGUACAAGUUGGUUCUGACGUUGUCAAGAAAAGUGUGUAAGAGCUAUUCUAGCUUCUGAUUGAUUACGUCAGAUUAAGUUUGCACUGGUAAAAAUGGUACUUUAUACCGGUACUAAUGCUCGCAACUUAUUGUAGUUAAUCGUUUAGACGACGAGCUGACUUGGACCAUGUUGGUCUUACAUUUAGGCACAUCGCUUAAGUCGAGGUUAGAUUUGUGAAAACUGUUUAGAACAUUCUUGCGCUUCUCUACUUCACUCCGCAGAUUACUGUUUCCUAUCCUUUUCGUUGUCGUCCUACUUACAAUCGUCUCUUGAUCUCUUCCGACACUGGAUCGAUCUGCCCCGC